AGUGUCGCCUAAUACCACUUCUUCAGCACAUCUCAUUUACGUGAUGUGCUACAUUACUGUUAAAAAUGUAAAAUUAAGUGUAUUAAAAUAUAAAAAAAACAUUUUUUAACGCAAAAGAUUUAAGUCCUCAAAAUGUCCUAAUUAAGUAAUAACGUUUUUAACGAUAAAUCAACUGUAAAAUAUUUGUAAAUUAAGAAAUUAAAAUUUAAUAGUAAGUAAAUAAGCGAGAAAAGUGUUGCUUCAACGUUAUUUAAACGUUGACUUCAACUUGCAUUUAGAAAAAUCUAUACCAAUAUGGCUGAAGAAGAAAUGCAGGCGCACGAUUUUGUCCGCCGUCGAAGUUGGUCUCGAGCUGUAGCGCUCUACGAUCAGAUUCUAGCACAGAUUUUAACGCAAAGUUCAAAUCCUAAUAGAUCGUACAAGGACCGCCAAAUCACUUGUCUGCUUGGGCGUUGCGAGUGUCUAUUAGAAUUGGGCAAAUAUGAAAGCUGCCUUUCCGAUGCACGUAAAGUGUUAGCUCUACUUUCAGAACAAACAGACUGCCUAGCGAGUAUAUCAAGAGCAAGACGUUGGCUGAUUCAUGCUCUUUGCAAAUUAAAAUUAUACACAGAAGCGGAACAAAUUUUAUUUGAUUGGAUUGCAGAGUUUAAUAGCCAACAAAAUUUUUCGGAUAUUUCGAAAACACUUGAACGGUACAAAUCAAUUAUACAAAUGAUUAACGGACACAAAUCUGCGCAUAAAAUAACCAAUUCUCGACUUGAAGAUGAAAUGGCGGUGUUAGAUACGAAAAUCGAUCAUUGGGCUACUAAUAAUUUGCCACUGGAUAAGUAUAGUAAGCUGUUAAGUAAUAAAGGUCUUAAGAAACGGGAAGGUAUAACGCUAAAUGGCUCUGCCAGUAGUAGCAGCAGUAUAAGUAGUAGUGGGAGUGGCACCAGUAUGACAACAAUGGUACAAAAGUCAACAGAUUUAUUAUCCGCUCUAAGAAUAAAACAUCACGAGGAUAGUGACAAUGCAACCACAUGUUCUUACUGCGCUAUUUCAUUUCAGUCAAGAAACGAAUUGCGUCAGCAUUGUCAGACUGAGAGUCAUCAAAAUGUUAUAAUGUCGUAUGAAGGACGAGACUGGAAAUGGCGACCACCACCUCGAGGAUUUACGCUUGAUUCUUAUAGUAUCUGCGAAGCAUUCACUGAAUCACAAACUUGCCAUUAUGGCAAUCAAUGUGUGGAGGCGCAUGGUCUGGAUGAACUCAACGAGUGGAAAGAAAGAUUUGAAUAUAGACGUAUGCGCCUGCAGAAAGCUUGUGAAAAAGAACUUUAUGGCAAAUCUUAUACAGAACAAAUUCUUGAUCGUUGGAUACAAGCAACUGCACCCGAACGAGUAAUGUCUGAAAAGGUUGAGGGUAUUGAGGCAUCGUGUGAGAAUGAUCUUGUUACAAGUAUAAGUUCAAAAACCUCAAAACGUACAUGGACUUUCCUUUUGAAAACAUCAAAGAAUCUUAGAGCAGUGGCAUUAUUACAAGAUGCGCAUCGUAAUCAUUUUGCAAUUAAAUCCAUCAGAGUUGGUGCAUCUCAGCCUUCAACUGCACAUGAAGUUGAACUUAAAUCUAACCAGGAAUGGGUUUUAACAAAAAGCAAUGAAAAGGAAGAUGGUAUGCUGCAAUGUAAGCCAACUUUUGCAGAAAAUUGUGAAAUAGAGACUGUUAUUAAGAGCGCUGAAUUAGAACAUCAAGUCACUAUUGAAUUUCACACAGAUAUUUACGGUACUUUUCGGCAAGCAAUUUGUUUUGAUUUCGGUUCAGAGCCAUUACUUGUAAAGCAAUUAUGUGUGGAUGUAGUGCCUGUGGGAGAAGUUGAGAAAAUAGAGGAGAUUAAACGUGACAUAAUAAACAGUUCUGCAACCCGUUGGGAUAUUUCAAAUACGAAUUUAGUAAAAUUUGAAACUACCAUUGGUACACACCUUAAGACUGAGGCUUACCUAAGAGAUCUGAAGCACGAGAAAGAGAUGCUAGAGAGAUAUCCUUGUCCACGUGCUGAAACAUUUACGCUAACACAAUCUACCAUUGUGGAAAAGCGUCUUACACAAAAUAAUUAUCGUUCGCGUAUACAUGAAUUACUUUAUGUAGAGGAAAUUGCUCGUUACGAACAAAUAGCGCGUUACAAUGUACGUACGAAACUUACCGUGAUCUCCAAAUAUAUUCUCACACCAGCUGGGACUGCAACAAGUACAACAAAGUAUUCUAUAUCUGGUGAAUUCUUUGCUUUAAUGCGUUUAGGUAAAGACAUAUCGGAAGAUACUUCAGCUGGUCGCCUCAUUUUAUUCAACUGCUCCAGUGUUUAUAUAUCACAGCCUGAUGACCAUUUAAUAACUAAAGAAAAGGAACGUAAGGUAUUUGAAGCAAUAGUUGAAGAUAAAGGAAAAAAUGUGAUUUAUUUAAAACUCUCCGCGAAAUGUGUUGAAGAUAUGGCGUUGAAAGUGGAUACAGACAUUGAAGUUGACAUCCAAUUUCAGUUAAAUCGUCUACCUUAUUGUGAAUGGCAUAACGCAGUGGAUAAAAUAACAGAUUUUAAAAUAAUAUUUCCUGCAACUGAAACUGAGCCAAGCAUACCUUGGACUCCUAAAAAACAAUGGUCAGAUACUUGCGAGCCGAAACUCAAUGCUAAACAGCGCGAGGCUGUCAAUGCAAUUACUACUUCAUUGGAUAUAAAAUUACCACCCAUUUUGCUUAUUGGACCUUUUGGCACAGGAAAAACCUACACAUUAGCCCAAGCCAUCAAACAGCUUUUGACGCAACCUGAAGCGAAAAUACUCAUUUGUACUCAUUCAAAUUCAGCUGCCGAUCUAUACAUAAAAGAAUACUUACAUCCAUGGAUUGAAAACGGCAUAGAAGAAGCUACACCUCUGCGCGUAUAUUAUCACAAACGUUGGGUAACAACAGUGAAUAGCGUUGUACAAAAGUAUUGCAUUACUGAUGGCGCAGGGUAUUUCCGUCGACCUACAGUGGAAGACAUAAUGAAACAUCGAAUUGUUGUGGUGACACUAAGCAUUUCAAUGGAAUUAGCUACACUGGGUCUACCAAAAGGUUAUUUCACACACAUAUUUCUUGAUGAAGCAGCACAAGCAAUGGAAUGCGAGGCAAUAAUGCCCUUAGCUCUAGCUAAUGACAGUACUCGUAUUGUACUUGCUGGUGAUCACAUGCAAAUGAGCCCUGAAUUAUUUUCAGCAUUUGCAAAAGAACGUAAACUGCAUAUAUCCCUACUGGAGCGAUUGUAUGAUCAUUAUCCAUCUAGUUUUCCAUGCAAAAUUUUACUUUGUGAAAACUACCGCGCUCAUGAAGCAAUUAUUAAAUUUACAUCAGAAUUAUUCUACGAACAAAAAUUAAUAGCAUCCGGCAAGCAACCACGUCAUGAACGUUUUUAUCCGUUAACGUUUUUCACAACACGUGGUGAAGAUAUACAAGAUAAAAACUCAACAGCUUUCUACAAUAAUGCAGAAGUCUAUGAGGUUGUUGAGCGUGUCUCUGAGCUUCGAAAAAAAUGGCCGACGUCCUGGGGUAAAAUCAACGAUGCCAGCAUCGGUAUUAUGACACCAUAUGCAGAUCAAGUUUUUCGUAUACGAUCGGAACUUAGGAAACGUAGGAUGGGUGGUAUUUCUGUUGAACGUGUGCUAAAUGUACAAGGUAAGCAAUUUCGAGCUGUAUUUCUUUCGACAGUGCGAACACGACGUACCUGCAUACCACAAGUAAUGAAUGGUGCACAGCCAGGUAACUCUCUAGGUCCUCCAGAAGAUACAGAUUAUGGUUUUUUAAGCAAUUCAAAAUUACUCAAUACUGCUAUAACUCGUGCGCAAAGUCUUGUUGCAGUUAUUGGUGAUCCGGUUGCAUUAUGUUCGAUUGGACGUUGUAGAAAAGUGUGGGAAAGGUUCAUAGAAAUUUGUGAUGAAAAUAAAUCGCUGUUUGGCAUAACAUGGUCUUAUCUUCGUUCACAGUUAGAUGGAGUCGAACUGAAACGUGGUUAUGUACUGAACCCGCUGGCACCAGAAUUUAUACCACGUUCAAUGCAACCAGAAGCAUAUUUACGUGACCAAACUGCUAUGUUUUUAAUGGGUGCAAAUUUAGCAAAUAGUCAUCAUGGCCCACCACAUAUGGGAGCGCUUCAUAAUGCUGGGCACAUGGUACCCCAUGCCAAUAUGUUAGCAGCAGCAGCAGCUGGACAAAUGCCAAACCAUCAUGGUAUGGGCAAUCAGCCAAUGCCACAUAUGUAUCCGCAAUAUCCAGCUGCGGCCGCUUACAAUGCGGCUGCAGGGCCGGAAUCAAUAAUGAAUCAGAAUAUGAAUAAAGGAAUGCAUCAUUUUCCUAACCAUCCGAAUCAUAUGGGCAUACGUGGCAUAGGACCUCAACAACCACCUCCACCCCAACUUUCGCAACAAUAUAAUCCGCGGGGUCCACCACCUUCGGUCCAUCUCAAUCAACAACAACCACCAACAGCAGCUGGUCAAAUACCACAAUAUAUGUGGCAACAAGCACAACAGCAAUUACGUGGUGGUCCGCCCACUGCUGGCGGUGGUUAUCCUCCUGGAGCAUUGCAACAAGGAUCAUUACAAAAUCAAAACCCUAAUGCCAGCCUUUGGGGACCACCACCCCAAUCAAACCCUUGGAGUGUCUUACCAAAACAACCUUUACAACAACCGCCUAAUGCUGCUGGAAAUAAUAGACAAUUACCGCCGCCACCUCAGCAGCAAGUACCGGGCGGUAUACGUGGUGGAAGUGUACCAUUACAACCUCCACCAAAUCAAGCAAUGCGUACUAACCCAAAUGAUUUAGGAUAUUUACAAAGAAAACCAUUAUAUGGACAACAGCAUCCACCGCCACCUAAUCAACAACCCCCACAGCAUAAUAACUUUCAAAACUACUCUGGUGGGAAUGCUGCCAAUGGACAAAUGCGAAUUUUAGGAAUUUUAAGUCCUAUGAAACAAGGCAUGCAACGUUCGACGACAAACAAAUUUUAUAACGUUGUGUAUCCUGGCGUUUCCACACCAAUUGCGAAUAGUAAUUUUCAAAAGCCUCAACAGAUACCAAAUAAUAAACAACAGUCGCCAACCUCUUUGCAUUUUCCACAACCACCGGAACAUUUGGCUCUACUGCCUCCAAAUGUAACCAUCUAUGAAAUGGCAUUUGAACCCAAAGAGUCUCAAUAUAGAUGGUAUUUGAAACUGCUAGAGACUCAUGGUCAGGAAGCUGCCAAUAAGUUUACAGAGCUUUUACGUCAAGUUAUGGCCAUGCUACAUCAGCAUCAACAGCAACAGGACACCACAAAGCCACUGCCGCAGCUUCAACAACAACAACAACAAACGAAUUUAAACACUAAUCAAAUAAUGCAGCGAGAGCUAAUGCAGCAAGGUUUGCCACCGCCCAUGGGGGCUGCUGCAAAUUCAUUAAAUCACCAACCGCCUCAACUACAACAAAAUGAACAGCAUCGAAUCAGUAAUAAUGGAAUCGGUAUGCAGCAUUUCAUGAACGCCGGCAUGAACCCAGGUUCAUCAUUAAUAAAAGCCGCAGCAAGUGAUACUCCACCAUUAGACACAGGUGUUAAUUUUAAUCAACAAAUAGAUUUGGUUUUUAAUUCUUUGAUGACUGGUAAUGAAAUAUCACCACCCAUUCUACGUGAUCUGUUUGGUAUGGUGAGCGGUCCUCCUAACAACGGUAUGAAUAAUAAUAUGAGUGGUCCUGUGAUUAAUAACAUCAAUAAUGAUCUCUUGCUAACUGGCGCACAAACUGGAUCAGCACCACAAAGUAAAGUGUUUCCGUUGAUCAAUAAUAUUAACGAUGCAAACAGUCUAGCAGUGCAACAAACGCAACAGUCGCCGCUUAAUAUCCCAAAGCCACAGCAGCAACAAAUGUUUCCAAUGCAUCAAGCUGGACAUAAUUUGCAGCAACCGCAACAAACACAACAAAUCAAUACAAACAAUUUUUUGGGUAACAAUGCAGCGUCUCAUAACUACGGUGCGUCAACGUCAUCAGUGCCGCUUUAUCUACGACAAGCUUUAACUGCUGGUAAUGGAAAUAAUACUAUACCUGGAAAUAGCGUACAUAACUACCAUAACAGCAAUGCUUCCAUGCAAACGGGUGGUAAUGGAGUCAAUAAUAAUUUGAAUACUCAAACACUUCAUAAUUCAACGCACGAAGGCUUACUAACAGGUGGUACAAAUGAUAUACUGGCAGGUCUUGAAACUGGUGCUUGUAAUCUUAUCGAAGCACUUUUUCAAGCAAAUGCUGCAAACUCCGAACAUCAAAACAACAACACCGCUUUUCAUAAGUUGCUUUAUAACAAUUACACUGCAUCGCUAAAACCUAACGAAUUAGACAUUUUCAUGCGGGAGCAUAAUUUUGGACUAGCUGGUAUAAAUAAUACGAAUAUGGAUAACACAGCAGUUACCGGUACUAACCAUCACCAACCACAUAUACCACAUACCAACAGUGGUGCAAAUGCACCCGAUGGUCGGAACACUACCUAUGCAGCUGUAUUAAGUCAAGGACCGCAGCAACCAGCUAUAGGUGGAGCAGGCGUUGGAAAUAAUCCACAUGCAAUGCACCACAAUUUUCAAAAUGAACUGGGAAAUACUACUAACAACAUGAAUAGUAAUAUUGCCAAUAGUGGUGGUAAUGGAGUAAUCGAAAUCGAAAAGGAUCCGUUUGCUGCUAUACGUGAACUUGGCCAAGGAAGCAAUGGAUUUUAUAAUUAUUUUCAAUGAGCUAUAUUUUACCCACACCAGUACAAUCUGCAUUACUAGGUGAUCAAAUUAUAAAAAAUCCAUUUUGUCGUGAGUCAAGCCAAUGAAAUAAUGGCUUUUAAAAUUUUCUAUAAAAUAACUUUUCUCCAUAAAAUACACCACGUAUGUUUGAUAUCAAAAAUUGCUGGGUCUCCUAUUAUUAGUUGUAUUUUUAAAAGCAAAUUGCAAAUAUUUGGUAUUAGCUACAAAACUGUUGCAAUCUGAUAUAUGUUUGAUAUAUUUAAUUUAAGCUUAUAUAUAAAAUAUGUUUGUGUGUUAUGUACUAUGGUUUAAUAUGUUUCGCUUUUAGUUUAAACAUAAGCUAUAUUCUCUCCUAAUUUAAAAGCCCAGCAUUUUUAAUGAUACCAAGCGUACCAUUUAUAGUAACUUUU